AUGAAAUUGGUUUUUCAUUCCGUGUAGGUUAUCAGUGUCGUUCUCGUUCAAGUUGUUUUCGUUCGUGGUCUUUUUGAAAAAUCGUCCUGUACACUUCGGCUUCGAAACCCUCUUCUAUAUAGAGCGAAUUCAAUUUAUUUCUUGUUUAAAUGUCAGGAUCCCCUAUGUCUAGCCAGGAAAUGCAAAUGAAAUACAGCUGUAACUCUUCUUUGGUCAUAAUCAUCUGCCAUUGCUGUAUUUGUUGUACCUGUCGAUCUUAGAAAAAAAAAUAAAACACAAAAAAAAAUCUACUUAUUAUUUGAAAAAGGAAAUAAAUAAGAAAUUGAAAUGGAAGCAAAAAAUCAAGAGGACAUCAGCUUCAACAUUAGCAAAAAACUACCUCUAAAAAUUUAUAUCGCCUAUGGAUUAGGGCAUAUACUCAAUGAUGUAUGCGCUGCUAUGUGGUUUAGUUACCUUUUAGUCUACUUUCACAUGGUUCUAGGUUUUGACAAUGGCCAAGCAGGCAUCCUCCUUCUAGUCGGUCAAGUAGCUGACGCAAUAGCUACACCAUUUGUUGGUUACAACUCUGACAAAGACCAUGACUGGUGGAUUUAUAAAUUUGGCAAAAGGAAGAUAUGGUACUUUAUGGGAACAUUUUUAGUGAUUUUCACUUUUCCUUUUAUUUUUUCUCCUUGUAUUGGUUGUUCUCAAUCUUUAAAAAUCUAUCAAAUGAUUUACUAUUCAUUUUUUAUAACCUUGUUUCAAUUUGGAUGGGCCUCUGUUCAAAUUGCUCACAUGUCAUUGAUUCCUGAAAUUACUUCAAAUAAACAUCAACGCACUAAAUUAGCAUCGGUACGUAAUGGUGCCACUGUUGUAGCAAGCGUUCUGGUAUAUCUGUUAGCAUGGAGUAUUUUAGACAUCUCAGGUGGUUCCAAAAAUAAAGUAGGACCAGAUUACACAGAAAAGUUUCAGCAUAUUGUAUGGUCAGUUAUGUCGUUUGGAAUAGUUUGUUCUAUAAUUUUUUACAUUUUCAUAAAAGAACCAGAAGUUAGAAAGGAGGGUAAUCAAGAACAUGAUUCUCCAAAUUUAAGCUUAAGCGACUUAUUUUUAAACAUUAACCUCUAUUUAGUUGGCGCUGUUUAUAUGUCGUCAAGAUUAUUUAUUAAUCUAACUCAGGUAUUUAUAAGCUUGUAUUUGACAGAAAGUCUUGAUAUGAACGCUAGCUCCAUAGCUCUAGUACCUCUAGCAAUGUACAUUGCCAGUUUUAUAGCUUCGUUUCCGGUAGGACCAAUAACAAAAAUAGCUGGCAGUAAAAUAACGUAUAUUUUAGGAGCUAUUUUAGGAUUAUUAGGCUGCCUCUGGGUGAAUUUUGGACAAGGAGAUGACUUUAGAACAUAUUUUAUUUUUGUAGUUUCUGUCCUUUUGGGUUCAGCAAGUUCGAUAGUGUUGAUUACAAGUUUAGAUAUUACAACAGUUUUGAUUGGUUCGAAAACAAAUCGUGGUGCUUUUAUUUAUGGAAUAAUGAGUUUUGCUGAUAAAUUAUCAAAUGGUAUUGCUGUUGAAGUAAUUCAAGAUAUUCAUAAUGAUGAAAAUGUGGAAUAUUAUAGAAACGUUUUGACUUAUGUAUGCGGUGGAGCUUUAGUACUGGGGUCACUAGCAGUACUUGUAGUAAAUAGUAAAAAAAAGAAGAAAAUUUCAGAAUAUGUCGAGUCCACUGAAUCUCAAACUAAUUCUAUUACUACCAUUUCUUAAUGUUUUGCUAUAGCUUGACACUUUAACGAAUAUCAUUUUUUUUUCAAUGUGAAUUUUCUCCAACUUACCUGCAGAUAUUCUUUAAAGCUAAUCAUAUCUUUUAAUUGAGCAAAAAUCAAUGGGCUGUGUGUCAAACUUAUGUUAAGUUAUAAUUAUUUAUUAGGUCUAUAGAGUCUUGCAACUACAGAAAAACGCGCCGCAAACAAGCAUUUAUAUUCAUACAGACAUAUUAGCGGAGUAAAAACGCCGGCGAAAGACGCUUCUUUCUGGACUUUUUUUUUUUCAAUGUAGAACCAAACGAGACUUAUGUAGCAUUAUUCAGAAUUUUACUGGCCAUCUGAAAUGCAAAUUCACGACAUCCUCAGUUGGGGCUGACUCAUUUUAUAGCAAAAAAUGUAUGAAAAAGGACAAAAAUUAUGAAAACUUACUUUUUGACAUAUAACUCGCGAUAUCUUCAAAAGUAUUCAAACUAUGGAAAUGAUUUUUUUUGUUGAAAAGAGGACACUUUAGCGGUUAUAACAGUGUAUGACAAGUAUUCAUUGUGACCUCUAUUUUUUUUAAAAAUAAAUAGUAAUAUUGACAAUCAUCUUUUCUGCAUUGCUUUUUUCAGCAAUCGAAAAACUUUUUUAUUUUUGAAAAUUUUACCAUAUAUCCUGCAAGUGAAUUGAAGUAAAAAGUAUAUAGAAGUUUAAAAAAAAAAAUGAGUCAGUUAUGUGUUAUAGGUACUUUUUGAGAUAUUUGAAUUUGAAAUUUCAGAAGUGACGCGGCCGGCCGGCCAGUUGACUCGAAAAUCAAGGGCGACUGCGUUCCGGGGCGGGCAUCAAUGGAGCGAAAGGCGUGGAAUUUAUUUUUUGAAUUUGUUUUUAGUUUUCGUGGAACAACAUACAUAUUAUUGAAUAAUAACUACGAUUUUUCGGUUUAUUAUCACCACCAAUGUCAACUCCCAUGUUAUUGAUGGAAUGGUUUUAACUCGAGAAAUAAAUUUAUCUUCGAUCAAAACAUUCAAUGACUUUGGACGAAUAUUUCUUGGUAAAAUUUUGAAAGAAGGAAAAAAAUACAGUUCAAAAAAUUUUCAAAUUUGAUACAUAUAUGAUACUAAUUCGCUUAGGAACACCGAAAGAUGUAAACGUGGAAAUUCAGACACACCGGAAUUCUAAGUUUCUGGAUCAAGGAAAGUAGGUACCUACCUAAAUUUGAGAUUUUUCUCAAAUCUUCCACCAAUAAAACCUCCUUGUUAAAUUUUUUAACCAAAUACUUCGUACAGCACAGCUCAAUAGAUAUUAUUAAAAGACGAUAAAACAUUUAUUAUAGUUGGAGGAUUUUAAAAUCCAAAAAAGGCGUUGUUUUUAACUACAAAAAAAAAGAUCCGAUUACCCAAAAAAUGUAUCGUCGUUAAACAGCAAUCAACAGGAAGCCGACACCGGAUAAUUCUUCACGUUUUAGCAGAGGUUGAGUAAAGUAUUUGAAUCAUUCUGAAAUCCGUGGACACAGACGUUUUUCUAUUAUUUCUAUAUUACUACAGUACCACUGAAAAUUGUCGGAAUCUUGUUUGUAUCGUAUGUAAAAAACAAUCAAAGAUUAUUUAGAUUACGAAAACAUACGUCGCAUUAUUGUUUCUUUAUUGGUCAGGAUUUUUGACAUGACGUUUUGACAUUGAAGCUCAUUGGCUCUUUUUUUGAAGACCCGAUAUAUACAAUUAGGAUAGAGUAAAAAUAAACGUUAUAUUGCCAUACAUGAUAUUGCAACGAAAUUGGGGCCCCUCAUUUGUAAAAAUCUUCUAGCAAUUAUUCAUUGUUUAACAGGCUGUGGAUACUACCAGCGCGUUUUAUAAAAUAGGAAAGAGGGCAGCUUUUGAUAUGUUGUCAAGGAAUAUUAAUCUACUAGCAGAAAUAGGAAAUCUUCCUAAUUUAAGCGAAGAAGAAGCCAUCGAACUGAGUAUCAGAUACAGAUAUGUGUAUACUUUAUAUAAAAAUAAAAAUAAGGACAAUAUUAAUCUUAAUGAAAUGCGGUGUUUUUUUCACGUCAACAACUAACCGCACGGCAGCAGAAAGUUAUAUUUUAGGUGUUUAUGUAUAUCAAUUAAAAAUUUGGUACUCCAGCCAUUAAGUGGAAAAUUAUUUUGAAGAACCCAGUAGGUACGGUUGGAUAUUAGAGGAAAAUUUAUGGGUGCCUGUUUUAUCAACCCAAGCAAGACCCUGUGCCAGGUAAUUUACUAAAAAUUUUAUGCAUUCGCUUUUCCGACAAAAUCUGCAAUAUCAGCAGAUGCAUUUGUGCGACUCAGGGAUUAAAAUGCUGUACUGAGUGCACCUUGCAUGAAAAAUUAAAUUGAUAACUGUUUAUUGCAAACUGUAGGAAAUCGGAAAAAAAAUCUAGAAGUAUUUUUUUAUUUUGCCCAAAUAUGAAUAUUCCGAAAGCUAUACAAAGAUUAAGUUUUGUAUAUAUAGAUAUACUCAGCAUGUAGUGACGUCAUAGGAUAUCAAAAAUAAGCACAUUUCAAAGCGUUGGAUCUCCGUCAAUUUAUGUCUAACAAGAAAAAGGAAAAACUCGUGUUGAAGUAUUUUUCAUUGACAAACGAAAUCAGCAAUAAAAAAAAUUGAUGCAAGAUUCAUAUGACACAAAAAUCGUAGUUAUUAUUCAAUAAUAUGUAUGUUGUUUCACGAAAACUAAAAACAAAUUCAAAAAAUAAAUUCCACGCCUUUCGCUCCAUUGAUGCCCGCCCCGGAAGCAUGGAGGUAAGUAACACCCAUUUGGCUCACCUUCGCAAAUUUGAAUGUAACACCCGAUAUCGCAACGGAGAGUUUCCUUAUCGGGUGUUACUUACUCUGGACAGAUUUGCAUUCACAUAAUGUUUAAAAGUAAUGCCUUUACUUGGUACAUAGUAUAGAUAUAUGUAAUAUUAUUAGUUUUUUAUGUUUCAAACUUUCUGUAUUUUAUUAAUUUGCUUGUUAAUUCUUGCAUAUAGGCCCUAUUUUUUGUAUUUCCUUUUGGUAUCAUGUACACAUGUAGGCCCAAGUAAGAGAAAGAAGAUUGAAAAAAAUCAGUACGAUGUGAUAAUGGCUUUUCGAAAGUAUCUAUGUUCCUUGUUAGUUGUUGACCUGGUAUGAAUGUCACCAAGCCUCAUCACCAAUAGUUCGGAGAGAUAUUCUGAGCAAUUGUUCUAAAUAAUAUUUUGUAUCAAAACAGCAAAAUGUAAAAAUCUUAUUUCUUUUAUCUUGAACAUUUCACUGUUAGUAAUGUAAGGAGUAACAUGUUCUCGUCUAUUUAUGUUCAAUAUAUAUCGUACAAAAUUGUUCUGAAUCUUUUGUAGUCUAUAUCUGUUAUGUUCUGUUAUAAAGGGUCCAUAAACACAAUCUGCAUAAUAGCAGUGUACCAAGACUAGCAACUCUAUUAGCAUGAUUUUGGUAUUAGUAGGAAGAAGAUGUUUAAAUUCAUACAACUUCUUUAAAGCAAAACAUGUGUUGUGACAAAUUGCACUAACAUGCCCUGUAAAAGGAUAAAGCAGGAUCUAGCAACAGACCUAGACUCUUAACUUCCCUCUCCCAUUCAAUAUUAUGCCCCAACACCUGCAGACACCUCAAAUUUCUCGACUCUAUAUUCCUUCCAAACAAAAUAGCCUUAGUUUUUGAUGGAUUAAGAAGUAAUGCAUUCUUCUGUGUCCACUCAGUAACCAUAAUAGGAUCCUAAUCCUAAUUAAUUAGGAGAAAAAGAUGUUCUCCUAAAUUAAAAAUAGUGUCUGAGGCAGGUCCGUAGCCAGGGGGGGCAUUGGGGGCAAUGCCCUAUCUUUCAAAUGAUGAUGCCCCACCUUUAAAACAUAACAUGCGUUAAGUUUUCUCUAGGGAAUUUAUGAAAUUUAAAAGUAGAUAAUGAAUAGGCCUGGAAUCCAGUAAGUGCGAUAAAUAAAGGCUCAAGACGGCGCGUGAAUCAGCGCCAUUUUGUUCAUUUGCCAGAUAUGUUAUUCAUUGACAAAGGUUGUUUGAGAGACAUAUGUUGCCUGAUUACUUCAUGACGUCAUCUUGGGUGCCUCAAAGAAUGCAAAUCUCCAUAAGGCACCCCAGAUGCGUCAUCAAGUCAGUCAUUACCAGACAACCUAUAAACUUUGGAAACCUUGAGUUAUUGAAAAAUUUGCCUUCGGCACCAUUACCCCUAUUUUGUUCACCUAUAAAAAAUUUAAGGGGGUGGAGGGGGGGGGGAAGUAUUGCAUGCCCUAUGUCAAAUUUAUCAUGCCCUAUCACAAAUUUGACUCUUGCUACGGCCCUGGUCUGAGGUUUUUCGAGAAAUAUUCACUCUUUAAUUGUUUUUAUCUGCUAAUUUAUGAACGCACAGUAUAAUUUAUAUUAAUAUAACAAUAUUAAUUAUAUUUUGCACUUAUAUACUCAUCUUUUAAAAUUUCAAUGCCCUAAAAUAAUUAUUUACAAGAUGGUAAAAGUAAAUAGGCUUAUCUAAUACCGAGGGUAAGUAACACCCAAUAAAGCGCACAUCCAUGCAACCACGGGUGUAACAUUUGAAAAACCGAACCGUUGUCGAACGGAUUGCCGAAUGCUAAACAGGGUGUUACUUACCUCCAUGCGCCCCGGAACGCAGUCGCGCUUGAUUUUCGAGUCAAUUGGCCGGCCGGCCGCGUCACUUCUGAAAUUUCAAAUUCAAAUAUCUCAAAAAGUAUAACACAUAACUGACUCAUUUUUUUCUAAAAAAAACUUUUAUAUACUUUUUACUUUAAUUCACUCGCAGGAUAUAUGGUAAAAUUUUCAAAAAUAAAAAAGUUUUUCGAUUGCUGAAAAAAGCAAUGCAGAAAAGAUGAUUGUCAAUAUUACUAUUUAUUUAAAAAAAAAGAGGUCACAAUGAAUACUUGUCAUACACUGUUACAACCGCUAAAGUGUCCUCUUUUCAACAAAAAAAAAAUAAUUUCCAUAGUUUGAAUACUUUUGAAGAUAUCGCGAGUUAUAUGUCAAAAAGUAAGUUUUCAUAAUUUUGUCAUUUUUCAUACAUUUUUUGCUAUAAAAUGAGUCAGCCCCAACUGAGGAUGUCGUGAAUUUGCAUUUCAGAUGGCCAGUAAAAUUCUGAAUAAUACUAUAUAGGUCUCAAUUGGUUCUACGCUCAAUUUUUUUUUUUUCAAAGAUUUCGCGGCCGUUUUCACUCCGCUAUAUUGGUGCGUACAAUAUCGCGAACAUUACACCAUUUCGAAAACCAACGAACGAGAUCGUGCAACAUCUCUGAUGAGACGGUAGAAAACCGAACAGAAAUAAGAAAAAAACUGGACUUUAUACCUGAAGUGAUUUCUAACCAAUCAAAUACCUACCUAAGAUUUUUCUGCCAAUCAGAACCUCAUUAACAACUCCUUGAAAACAUCAAAAUUGCUAGAUGUAAAGUAUAAUGACUCAUUAUACUUUACAUCUAGCAAUUUUGAUGUUUUCAAGGAGUUGUUAGAAAAAAAUUCGCUGUUGUGAUAGAUAUCAAAAAUAUCAAAAGGAAUCAAGAACCGCCUCGGUAUGAGUCUCGACAUAUACCAGUUGAGGUAAAUAUUUUUCCAGAACAUAUUUUGACAUUGUUCCACAACAUUUUCAUAAAAAUAUACAUCGAAAAACAAUAUUUUGCAAAAAUAUUUUAAAGAAUUUUAAACUUGUGAUAUAACUUACGAUUGAAGAUCACAUAUCAAUUUAUAUUUUCAUUCUUAAUAAAAUGAAUAAGAAAUAAAAUUAAUACCCCUAAACACCUAGAUAAGAUAGGUCAGUCGGCCGUCCAUUCAGAUUUCUGAUUCAGAAUUAUUUUCUCUUUUUGUCGGUGGACAAAAAAUGCGAAACAAACUACGAACAUUUACUACCCUAUCACUCACUGGAAUGUAUCGUCCAUUUGUUACUUGACUGUAAUCGUGAAUACCUACCACUAUCUGGAGCCGGCGAGACUCAUAAGGAAUUUGAAAACUUCUAGCCUACAAGUGUUUGAUGUUUGGUAAACAUCUCAGGUACACACAUGUCGACAAUCAACAAACGUUUGCCUUUUGUCAAAUCACAAAUGUUCCCAUUGAUUGUCAGGAAAUGAUGAGAGAUAUCUACAGGAUCAGAGGUCCAGUCCUCAGCAGCCAGACAGAAUAGGCUAUACCUGGACUAGGGGCAAGGCAUCGUGUGCUUAGCAACCCCGUGCAACUCCAAAACGAGCUGAAGAAGAUCAUAUGGAAUAAUCAGGGAAAAUCAGGUUAUACUUCAUAGAACAAAAGCCUCAAUAAUAGGAAAAGUUAUGGUGCAAGGAUCUUAAUCCAUAAAGACAUAGCAGAGGACAUCAUAAGUUUUGUCAGAAUGGCGGAACGACUAGCUUACAUCACGAUGAAAUUCAACAACCUCAGAAAUAUGAAAAUCAUCCAAGUCUACGCGCCCACUAGUGAACACUUUGAGAAAGUCGCAGAAUAAUUCUAUGAAGACGUCGUAGAAUUUCUAAACCGAAACCCCACCGCUUGCUCGCUAUCGGGGAUUCCAAUGCGAAAGUCGGCCAACAGCAUCCCUAAUUGAAAUCUUUAUUGGGCAGGUUCGGCUUGAUCCAGAGAAAAGGAAGAAGUAAUCUUCUGGUUAACUUCACGGGAGCUAACAAAAUAUACAUAAUGAAUACCUUCUUCAAAAAAAAGAACAGUGUGGAGAAGGACUUGAGAGAGCUGUUCUAUGCGUCAAAGCAGGAAAGUAGUUUUUUUUAAUCUCUAAACAUACCUAAUCAGAUGUAGAAAAUGUAGGUGUUUUCAAUAAGAUCACAACCGACAGCGAUCACCAAAUUAUCGGUGCCAAAAUAUAUGUAAACCUGACGUCAUACAGAAAUAUAAACUCAACUGAAAACUUGGAUCACUCGCAAAUAAGCAAUUACAAUAUCAGCAAGAGCCGGAGAAACCUACAACCUACAACUGAAGUAAACUGAAACCCUUCGAACCUAACCACAGUAAUGAAUCUGAUCGAUGACGGCAACAUAUCACAAACAGAGCAGUGACCCGUCUCAAAAAAUCAGCGUAGCAACACAAGUUCCCACUAGUAAGAACAAAUAGAUAUUACGGAAUGCCGAAGACAAUAGGAACCAAUUAUGCACUUGAAUGAGAGAAUUAAAAAGGAAAACUUGGAAAGACGCCAGAAAUCACAAUAAAAUAUCCAAGACCAACUGUGGCAAGACAGUGAUAUAGUAGAAAUAUGAAAAUUCUAAAGUCGAAACAGUAAAUGAAAGAUGAAAAAGCUUUAGCGAAACGAAAAGCUACUACACAAGAAUAAACGAACUAAAUAAAACCAACCGAAGAUCAGACACUUCCCAGCCAAAGAAACCUCUGCAAUGUGGAAUCAGGUGAUCUUGAUCAACAAAAAGGGGUGAUAUCUUCAAUCUGGACAACUACGGACCAACAAGUUUAUUCUCAUAGAUAUACAAGCUACUUACGCGAAUUAUAACUAAUCGCAUCACCAGGAAACUAACCCUGCCAACACGCAGGUUUUAAACCUGGGUAAAACUCCUAUGACUACUUACUGUGAACACAAGUAGGUACUCGAAUAAGCUAAUGAAUCCAUGUAUCGCAGUUGUUUACUGCAAAAAGGCUUUCAAUUCCGUAGAAAUCUGGCCGGUACUACAAUCUCUGAAGAACUAUAGGAUGGAAAGGGAUACAAAAUCCCUGUAAAGAAUUUAUAUCUAACAAAAUGCCAAAAUAUACCUUUAUAAGAACAUUUGAUAGCUCAAAUAAGAUGUUUUGAGAGGGGAGUGAGACAAGGAGAUUUACUUCUGAGUUUAAGCUUCUGGUUUUUUCUCUCCCAAAUAGGUUGAACCGAAAAAAAAAGAUCAGUCAAAAAUAAAACAAAUGAGAUAUGAAAAUCAAAAUUGCCAAUUCUCUUAGAAAUAAUCGCAUUAAUACUUUGUACUAUCCGGUCACAAAUAACGAAAUUUCCUAUUUUAUCACUGACCGUCGAUAUUUUUUGUCGCAACUGCACAAAUAGGAACGGUUUAAUUAGUGGAGCGCGAUGAUGUAUCAAUGUUCCAAACAAGAUGUUAUGAUUUUCAUUGCGGCAUUCUGCUCGCUACUUUGUUCCAAGAUUGUACGCACCUUUGAUAAAUUCUUAGAUAGCUACCUACUUAAGGUGGGUUUAGCCAACUCUUAAUGGAUAAUGCACAAUUUUAAUUCAUAAUUGAUAAUGCGUAAUUCAUAACGCGUAAUGCAUAAGAGAAAGGUGGUAUUUAUACAACGCAUAAUUUAUGUGCACUAAAAAUUCACAAGACAGCUGAGUUUGACACUUGUUAUUUUUCAUGAUAUAAUAAAUAAUGAAAUAAAUAAUAAAUUAGGCUUUAUAUUAUCAGGAAAAAUCCCUUUUGGAUAACUAAAAUCGGAAAAACUUGAUUCCAGAUCAAAAAUCAUUGAAAACAACAGGAAACAGACAACAAGAUUUCGAGUUUAUGAAGCAAAACCAAAACAAAAACAAACUUGGAAACAUACGCUUGCGCUCUAGCGUUUUUUGCACAAUGCAUAAUCGAUAAUAAUUCGUAAAAGUUAAAAGUUGGUCAACUUUAUGAAUUACGCAUUAUGCACUAAAUUAUCCACUAUCCACUAUGCAUUAUAUAAAUGGAUGUAUUUAAAUGUGAAGUUUUAAAAAUUAUGAAUUAAAAUUGUGCAUUAUGCAUUAUUGGUUGGCUAAACCCACCUUUAGGUUCGCAAAUUUUAAUUUUGUUGUAAGCCUUUAUUUGUAAACCUUUAUAAAAUUGUAUAAUAAUAUAUCAUAUAUUGGAAUAUUUAUUUGCUUGUUGAAAUAAAUUAGAAUUUUUAUUAAAUAAAAAAGUAUAUUGACCAA